AUGCCGAUCCCGGACUUUGCCAACGAGGCAAUCUUCCCAAUCUUUGAGGGCCUCCCCAUUGAGGAACCCGGCGCCGCCGAUCCACCCUCCUACGCCGCAUCCUCGGAGCCGCCCUCCUACGCACCGACGCCCUCUGACCCGCCAUCCUACACGGACUCCCAAUCCGGCUCCGGCUCCGCCAAAGCAUCCGCUUCCUCAUCCUCAUCCUCCUCCUUCACGGCAGUCGCGAGACCAUCUCUCCAUCCGUCCUCCCACGACGCACGGGAGGAAUGGUUUCUCAUAGCGCAGGUAAAACAAAACAUGACCAUCACGAAACCGACGCUCGUGGUCGUCGACCGCCAGCAGACAGAGUUCGCCGUCACGUUUGAGGACCGCGGGAUCGAUCUGCGGCCCGUGAAAGGCGGCUGGACGAUUGUCGUGCCGCGCGGGGUGAGGACGGCGCCCAAGGGCGGGAAGAGGGGGUUUGUUAGGGUGCCGGAGGGGAAGGGGACGGGGGUGAAGUAUAUCCCCGGCGGGUUGGAGCAGAUUGGGGAGUUGGGGGCGAGGGAAUGCCAGAAGGAAGAUUGGAAGAAGCACAAGGGGGACUGCAAGGUUCUCAAGGGCAUGGCCAACGCGUGGGGGAUAUGA